CUUGAAUAAAGCGUCACUAAGUCGUUGAUCUUCGAAAGGGUCACUUGUUAUAUCACCAUGAAGUAUAAACCAAAAUUUUCUAAUUCUAGUACACGUUAUUUCCAAAGGCUAACCCAAUUCGUUUACAUUGUUACCGCAACUAACUUUUGGUACAGGGAUGUUAAAUUACCUAAUCGUUUUGUAAAAAUAUACAACUGUGUUUCAAAAUUUCUUGAAGCAAUCAUUAUUGCAUUUGUUAUUACCGGAUUUGGUGCAAGCUAUACUCAGAAAAACUUAACUCAUAAGCAAAGCACUGAUAUAUUACUGAAGAGUAUUUCUGGCUUUUUUGGAUACACCAUGUACGGAUUUAUCAACUAUAAUAAAGAAGAAAUUAAAGAACUUCUAUUCUCAUUGACGGUAUCAUUAAAGGAAAUAUGCAAUGUUAAGAUAGAGAAGCAAAUGAUGAUGAAGAUCAAAAUGUACAUGGCAGGUCUGAUGAUUGUUGGGUGCUGCCCAAUGGCUGCAUAUGGGGUAGAAGGAGCAUUUCACACUUUAACCUCAAAUGCUACAUUCACAACGGUAAUUCCAAUCUGGCCAGAUCUGGAAGAUAGACGGCUCGUCGCCGGCUUCGCCCGAAUCUUAAUCUACAUAGUCUGGUUGCUUUUAUUCGCUCACGCCAUGGCCGUUUACAGCCUCAUUAUUUGUAUUUCCAUCUGUCUCGGUUAUCAAUUCGCCAAUCUUUACGAGUACUUCUUAGAUCUUAAUAAUAUCUUUGACGGAGAAGAUAACCAUGAAGACCAAGAGAAAAAAUACGAAGAAGCCAUUAAAGUGGGAAUAAAAAUGCACAACAUUAUAUUAAGAUGUGUAAACCAGUUGCAAUCAUCGUGCAAAGUAGUCUACGGAGGGCAAAUUCUUAUCAACGUCUGCGUGAUGGUGCUGCUAAUGGUCCAGAUGAUGCAAACUGAUCGCUCAUUAGUGCAACUGGCUCCAAUAGUAUUCAUGGCCACCGGAAUAUUAGUCACUUCAGGCUUGUUCAUAUGGAGCGCGGGCGACAUCACUUUUGAAGCGGAGCGUUUACCGACGGCCAUGUUCCACUCGGGCUGGCACAACUGCAGACGGCAAUCCUAUGUGCGUGUGCGGAAAUUGAUCACAUUUGCCAUGAUUCAAGCGCAGCACGUCGUGGUAAUUAAAGGUCUCGGUGUAAUUGAACUGUCAUACGACAGCUAUAUUGCGAUAGUGAAAUCAUCUUAUUCCGUAUUCUCAAUAAUUUACUGAAAUCUCAAUAAUGA